AUGCCUCCCGCAACCCCCGCCAACGACGAGGCGCACCAGCAGCUGAUGAACCAGCUGGACAUCGGCCACCUCCACAAGCCAUUCCGCAACCCACACUGGAAGCCCUCCCAGCGUCGCAAUCGAAACCUCAAGCAGAUCAUCGCGGAGAGUGCCCGGAAAGAAGCGUCCGUAAUGGCAACUCAAGCCAACUCGGGCGCGACCACCCCCUUCACUGCCACGGGCAGCACAACGGCCGAUGGAACACAAACCCCAGCAGAAGGAGCUGGCAAGACCCCCAAUCUGGCACAAGCUUCUCAAAAUCUGUCCUCCCUAGUUCUGGAGAAGAAUGCGCGCGCCAAUUUUCCGACCGUCACCUAUACCAACAUCGAAUCUGCGCCAUCGCUGAGCGCGGCUAAUCAUCGCCAUUACUGCGAUAUCACCGGGUUGUCCGGCCCCUACACCGACCCCAAGACACGUCUGCGGUAUCACAACAAAGAGGUCUUCGGAGUGAUCAGGACACUGGCACAGGGCGUACCAGAGACCUACCUAGAAGCGCGUGGGGCACACACCGUCCUGAAAUAA